AUGCACUUCCUAACCUUCCUUCUCGUCACCCUCCUCGCUGCCAUGGCCAUGGCCUCUCCCGCCCCUAUACCCAUGCCCGAGCGUUUCGAACCGCCCUGGCCAGCCACCGGCCCACUUUCAGGCUCGCUUCCGAAGAACAUGGCGAAGAUCUGGGUCUUUGACGAUAUGAAGUGCGAUGAUAACGGUGGGCGCACCUACAUGGUGAAUGUUAUGCCGGGUCAAGAUCGCUGCUUGGCGUUUACGAAUGUCGGGUCGAUUUUCUCAUGGUUCAAGUCAGAUAUCGGCAAAUGCGAAGUCAGUGUUCACAGCGGAAGCAACUGCAAGGGCUGGAAGUGGUCGACGCGCAACAAGGCGUGUAGCUCUGGGCAUUUCGCUUCGGUUCGAGUCAAUUGUCCCAAGGCGUGA